CCAUGCCCGACAUACGUCCGCCACAGCAGACCCGCUUCGCAGAGCGGGACAUCUUCGGGUCCGACUCUGAGCUCUCGGACGCACCGGACGCAGAUGACGAAGAGCUCGAGCGCCCGAUCCCCGUCCCUGCGUCCACCUUCGCGCUCGCAGGCGCCGUGGACGACGACGAGUCCUCGGGCGACUCGGGCGACGAGUACAUGCAGGACCGUCCUGCUGCGGGGGCGGCGAAGAACAAAAAGCGCGCGGUCAGGCGGUCAGGCGCGGGCAACGAGGGCGUGAGCGGGCGGAAGCGGGUGCAGAAGAAGCGGAAGCGGGCGCAGAGGACAGAGGAGGAGUUGAAGGAGAUGCCGCAACAUGAGGCCGAUAAGAUGCGGCUGGACAUGGCAAUCGACGAUAUUCUCAAGCCAAAGAAGUCUUCGCGGCCGAAGAAGCGCAAAAAGGACGAGGACGUGAUGGACCGCGUCGCAGAUGAGGAGGUGUCGCGCCUCCGCGAGGCAAUGCUCGCCGCCGCCGAGGACGACGAGAAGUCGCGGUCCAACCACCAGCCCGCGACGAUGAAGCUCAAGUUGCUCCCACAGGUCAUGGAGGUCCUGCGAAAAUCCGGCCUCUCGCAGUCGAUCGUGGACAACAACCUGCUCGAGGGCGUGCGGCGCUGGCUCGAGCCGCUCCCCGACCGCUCCCUCCCGGCGCUGAACAUCCAAAAGGAGUUCCUCGAGACGCUCCAGAAGCUCGAGUACAUCGACACGAACGUGCUCAAAGAGUCGAAGCUCGGGCGCGUCGUGCUGUUCUACACCAAGUGCAAGCGCGUGACGCCCGAGAUCGCGCGCGUCGCCAACGCGCUCGUGUCCGCGUGGUCGCGCCCGAUCAUCAAGCGCUCCGCGUCGUACCGCGACCGCGCGAUCCCCGUGCUCGAGGACGCGGCCGAGGACGGGCCCGCGCCGCGGCAGAACCGGCUGACCGCGAUCCUCGCGCGCGCGCGCGAGGGCGAGAGCGAUCGGAACAGGGUGCGCAAGAACGCGGUGAUGAUCCCGCAGCGCGAGCUCGGGACGUACACGGUCGCGCCGCGGAACCACGCGGUGUCGGUGCAGUCGAGCGUGACGAUGGACACGGAGCGGCGGCGGCGGAACGCGGACCGGAUACGGAGCCUGACGAGGAAGCUGUCGCAGAAGGCGAGGGCGGACCUUGAACCGGGCGUGAACGUGUUUGCGAGCUCGGCCCCGUCUCUCCCUCCCUCUCUCUUUAUUCCCAAAGGCUACCCCCGGAUGCCCUCGACGCACUCGGUCCCUCCCCUCGCAGUCAUCAUGCCCCACCCGCACCUCAGACUGCCCUCCGCACGCCUCUCCCAGUCCUCCGCCCCCCGCACUCCCAGCUGCGGCUCUCCCGUCCAGCCCUCCUUCUUUCUCCCCUCCAACAGCAACAGAAAGAGCUCAGACAGCUGGACGAGCUCCAACUUUGAUCCGGACGAGCUCGAGUGGGAGUGGAAGCCAGAUCAGUCUUUGCUUCUGGCCAGGACCCUCGAUGCCCUCCCUGCCCACCUCCUCACCCCCUUCAUCGGCCCCGUCCCCCCGCCGAACCUCCUCGAUAAGGUCGCCCGCGGCGUCGUGAAGGCUAAAGGCCCCCUAGACUGGCCCCAUUCGGUCCGCGCGACGCGCUCAAAACUUAUCGAGCUCUCUCGCCAGCGCGCCAAGGAGGCACAGGAGGAGAAGCGCAGGAACACGAUCGAGGAGGAGGACUUUUUGUACGACGUCGACGGCUUCCACCCGGCCGUGGGACGCCCCCUCUACAGACAAUCGAGCAUGGACUUUAUGCAGUCUGCCAGGCUGGACGUCGGCGACACCGACGCCUUCUCUCGGGCCAUGCACCGUCUCCAACGCACCGAGCGCGCCAUUGCGAACCCCCCGUAUCAUCUUCGUCCACACUCACCCGAUACGCAUCUCAUCUACGCUCACACGCUCAACCCAUCCACUCCCUCAUCCACCACUCUGCACUCCACGCGAUCGGCUCGCUCAUCCAAGUCUUCCCUCCGCCGAACCGCGUCCACGCUCUCCAAUUCUUCAUCGGACAAACAUGCGCUACCUGUUCACGACCCUCUCGCAAAGACCGUCCGCCGUACUGAUUCUUACGGCAACCUUCGUCAGCCUCUCAAGCGCGCGCCUUCCUACGGCGUCCCCGUCAAGCGCGAGACGCACGCACUACAACAACGCAAUUCGCUCACGGAGCCUUCCUCCGACGAAGAGGAGAAGGUUCGCACCAAGACCGCAAAAAAGCCCCGCAAACUAUCGGAUUCGUCGCCCUCGUCCAGCACGCCCACGACGUCCGAUUCGGACCUCGCCCGGAAACCCCCCAAGACCGUCUCUACCACUCCCAAGGCAGCCUCGACCACCGGCGCCGCCGCCGCCGCUCGCCGCCGCGCGAACCCGCAGCGCAAUCCGUCCAUGUUGGGCCCCGAGCUCCUGCUGCACGCUCAGCCUGCCCAUGAGCCCGCAUAUAUGCGCACACAGAUCCCCUCCUUUGAACCUCAGCCUCACGCUGUCCUUGCUCCGCAGUCGCCCCAGACCCCGCGCUCGCCUCGCACGCCGACGCGAACGCUCCGCCGCGUGCGCCAGACUGCGUUUCCCCCGCGGGCGGCGCGCCGCAUCAGCUUCGGCGGCCUCCUGGCUCCGGCUGAAGGCGACGCGCCCGUUCUCGAGAGUCUAGGCGCAGGCGAGGCCCGUGGACUGGGGUUGGGCAGCGCCUUUGAGCUGCGGUGAACCUUCUUCUCCCCCCGCACUCGCGCCUGCGGCUCGCGGGGUUCGAGGGCCCG